UGGAUAUUGCCUUCAAAUUUGCUCAGUUUAACGCGCUUUCGAAAUGCCGGCAUAGUGUAUUUGCGGGAGCCUGUACUGGAGCAGUGCUCUUUGCAAAGUGUGUUACAUUCCAGCCGCUCACCCACCGAAGGAGGACGAAUCAUACAGGACAGCAUAACCGAUACACCAGCAGCCUCGUAUUGAGGUAGCAGCAUCCUGUGAAUGGUGUUAGUAAGUGCCGGUGCGCCGGAUCUGUUUAAAUGUCUGGUCUAACUCGGCCAUCCAAGAUGGCCGAAGAAGUUACGGUCGCAUUACGGAUGGUACGAGGUACCUCAUUUGGCUUCAAGGUUCGCCAGCUGGAAACUGGAGAACAUGUCAUUUACCAAAUCUUGGAGCAUUCACCGGCAGCAAUGUGUUCGAAGGUGGAGAUCGGAGAUGUCAUUUUGAAAAUUAAUGGCAAGGAUGUCACGUUGUUAGAAUCCAAACACGUUCUCAAACAAAUCAGACAGUCCCCGAAAAAUAUGAAACUUCAUUUACGCAAAGACGCGAAAAUAAAAAAACUAGUCUGUAGCGCGGCCAGAAGCUCCGGGGAAUUUCGACCACAGUUGGAACCACAAAAGGAGCCGGAAGUGUACACUGUUACAAUACCACGGCCAGUCGAUCGCUGGGGUUUCGGGUUUGAGCUAUACAAAUCGGAACUGGUGGAGCAUGUGAUCUCUGGCAUCUAUCCGAAUACGCCUGCAGCUCUCUGUGAGAAGGUACAAGUAGGCGAUGUGUUUCUCAAGAUAAAUGGGCAUGAUGUUCAGUUUAGCCCGCCUCAUGAAGUUUUGAAAUGCCUUCGAACUGCUACCGAUCCAAUAAGAGCCCAAAUGAAACGUGAUCAAGCCGUUCAUAAACAUGUACACCAACAUGUUCAGUUUCUUGGCAAGAAACACCUCUCUCAGUCGCAAUCCAACUUGAGCGACAAAAAGAGCAGUCCGAUAGCUGAAUACCAGCAACAGACUACCGGCAGCAGCAUAAAAAAUGCAUCAAAGCAAAGCCCAACGCUACGCAAAGCCAGCUCCAUUCCAGCGCCCCGUUUUUCACAAGCGAAGCGCGCAAAAUUGCCUGAAGUAAUCCACACGAUUCCAAAGGUGACUGCCAGUAGCGGACAGCAGCAUAGUUGCACUUUCCGCAUUAAUAUAUUGGAAGAUAACGGCCGGCGCUCCAAGAUUCCAACUACCAACUCGUGGAGUGCGCCACAGUCACCGCUCAGCAACCGCCGAGUCUGUCAACAACCUGCUCGAUCUGUUUCGCAGAUGAAUGCGCAAGGUUACAGAGACGAUCAUGAUGACGAUAACAGCGAUGAUGAAGACGGCAACAAUGUCCCCGCAGAGCGUGCCUCAAAGCGCUCCGAUGACCGCCGCUAUGUAAUGACUGGAGAAUCGUGGUUCGAACCAAGAUACGAAUUUGAGGGAACAACCAACAAGAAGCGGGGCAGUGGAAAAGGCAAGAACACGGCACCCAUCGGCUACGAUACGUUGUCAUCUUCAACGAGCGUCUCGGAAGAGCGUUCCAGUAGCGUCAGUACUAGUCUGGUGGGGCCGAAUAGCGGAAUAGACAAUGGUGCGACACAACCGCCUAGUCCAUCUUCUCCUCUUCUGUCGAUCGGAGGCAGCGACCUUGCACGUACCAAGGAAAAGAGUGUCAUAGAUGACAACCGCGUUAGCUUGAGCAACAGUUACAAUAUGAAGUCGUCGCAGAUUUCUAGUGUCUCGGAAGAUAAAAAUUUUGCGGAGAACUUACCAACACUGAAAUUUGCUGGUUACCAAUUCAUCCAUGGAGGUGCGAGUGGUAACUCUUCCAGCGGGUUGCAGCGAUCUAAUAACGAGAUAGCUGUUAGUUCGUUACCAACCAGCCCAGACUAUAUGAUGGUAAAAGGCAUUUUUGACGAUAGCAUUAGUUAUCAAACUGCACCCCAUCCUCCAGGAUCUGUUGGAAGUCUUAUUCCUCUGUCAAGGUUGUACGAGAAUGAUGACGAAGACGUACAACAGGCUGCGCAAGCUUUACGAGCGCUUCCUGUUUCAGUAUCAUCACAGAAUCAGGAAUUUGCAUCCUUAGAUGGUACUGGGGGAGGAGCGGAUGCAGUAUCGACCAGUAGUGAUGUGGCAGGCUCUGCAUUUGUUGAUGCAGGGAAUGGAGGAGCAAUCCGUAAACGUUAUGCAGUGGGCUUCCGGACUAGCCGAUCAGAGGAUCAUUUACAACAGUCGCAACGCGAUGGAGGCAUCGGUGCAGUUGUUUCGAUCGACAUCGACGAGGACGUAAAUAGCUCGCUGAAUACAUUGCUUGAUCCACGCUACGAUGCUCCUGACGACCGCAUGAUUUCCGAUUCCGGACUUGUACACAAAUCAAUAAAUGAUCAACCAGCAGCGCAUCAGACUGACAUCGUUGGUGCCUUCAAGAUAGGCGGCGAUGUAGCUGGCGAUAUUGAUAAGAGGAUGGUACCGGGAUCUGCGUCGGCUACAACGGCCGUACGUGCCGUAGUGUCAUUUUCUAGCUCGCCAAGUUCGUCAACACAUCAUUCGCCAAGCGGUAGUCCGAUUUCGCCCACAUCCGUCUCUUCGUCCGUGAUGACCUCCUCUGGCGGUUCACGAGAACAUUCACAUCAGGGAAAUGGCAAUGGUAGUCAGUUAGAACCAGGUGCCGCCAGUGUUCCCGGUAACAUCCCAUCAGCGCUCGGAUUCCCAAAUAUGAUAGGUCAGCAACAGCAGACAGCAGGACGCGCGGUUGCGGUGCAAGUCGGUACAAUGGGUAGCGGUUCGGGAUCGGGUAUAGCAAACACGUCUAUCGGAACGGAUCUGAGUUUGUCCGAAGCUAUCUCAAGUCCAGACUUUCAGGAUAACGGUGAAGAUUUGCUAACUACUGGUGAACUAAUGGAUCUAAUACUUAGUGAUCCAAGUGAAGAUUCAGACUCGACGAUCUUGUUGUCAGAGGCUUUCACUCGUGGUGAAUACCCUAGUGUCGAACGCGAUUACCGUGUCGUAAUUCCAGUACGAUCUGGUGACGCUAAAAAAGACGCUAGAGGAGGGAUCAUGGAAGAGGACACCAAUACUGGUGCCUCGCAGAAACGAUCGAUUAGUGGUGCUAUAGGUAGUAACCUAAAAGCCAAUUUCGUUCAGACUAAUAGUGCUGCAUUUAAAAACGACACUGAUAGCAAACGUGGAUUUCCCAUUGGCGCAUAUGAACCAAUUGAUGAGACUGCCAACGUAAGCGUGGGUGCUGCUGAUGUUGGACUGUUGACACGUGAGGCGUCGCCGCCCGUUUCGGACGAUGGCAGUGACGUCGAGUCGUUGCACUCCUUCCAAUACUCACCAAAAGGUGUAGACAUCCCGUCUGCAGAACGACUAGCCAAGCGCCUGUUUAAUCUGGAGGGCUUCAAAAAAAGUCAUGUUUCGCGGCAUUUGAGCAAAAACAACGAAUUCACCCGCGCUGUUGCUGAAGAAUACCUGAAGUUUUUUAACUUUGAAAACCAUUCAUUGGAUGAGGCGUUGCGCAUCUUUUUAAACCAGUUUUCGCUAUCCGGCGAAACACAAGAACGGGAACGUGUUCUAAACCAUUUCUCUCGUCGCUACUUAGAUUGCAACCCAGAUUCGUUUCGUUCUCAAGAUUCGGUGCACACGCUUACAUGCGCAAUCAUGCUAUUAAACACGGAUCUUCAUGGUCCCAACAUGGGACGAGCUCGCAUGACAUGCACAGAGUUUAUCGAAAAUCUAAAAGAACUCAAUGAUGGAAUUAACUUUCCUAAGGAUGUGCUCAAGCACCUGUACCAUGCAAUAAAAAAUCAACCAUUCGAGUGGGCCGUUGAUGAUGAACCAGAAGUAAAGGAUCGGCGUGUGGGAGAUAAUAGCGGCAGUGUAAUUCUCAGUAAUGAAGCCAGUAGUGUUUUGAGAAGUGCAGGAGGAGGCAUCGGCGGUGGUAGUGUAGCUAACGCUGGAGGUGGCGGAGGAAGUUUGCAGGGUCCUCCGAUUGGUUCGAACUCCUUCUUCGAUACGCCUUCGAUGAUGGCCGCCGUGGAGUAUAAAAAAGGUUAUAUUAUGCGGAAAUGUUGCAGUGAAGCGAACAAUAAACGAACUUCAUGUUAAUCCUUUUUGCUACGCACAGCUCCUUUUGGACGUCGGUCAUGGAAGAUGGUCUUCUGCACGGUUCGUGAUCUGGCGCUGUAUCUACAUAAAGACGAGCAUACGUUCAGGAAAUACCAAAUGUCCGAUCAUGUGCAUAAUGCAAUUCGAAUUCACCAUGCUUUGGCCACUCGAGCGAUCGAUUAUACAAAGAAGGAACACGUCUUCCGUCUACAGACUGCAGAUCAAUCGGAGUUUCUAUUCCAAGCGGGAGACUCGAAGGAGCUUCAGUCAUGGAUCGACACAAUCAAUUUCGUUUGCGCUGCUUUUUCGGCUCCACCACUUGAGGGUGGUGUAGGUAGUCAAAGGCGAUUCCAACGCCCACUGUUACCAAGCAUGCAGAGCAAGUUACUUAUGCGUGAACAAUUAGCUUCGCACUACCAUCAGAUUGAUAAACAUAAACGCCUGCUUGAGGAGCAUAAGUCGAAUCCCGUAACUGGCAAUAAGGGUUUGAACCUGCAAAAUUAUCGAGAUAAGGAACAGUAUCUCGAAUUCGAGAUUAAGCGCUACCGUACGUACUAUACUUUGUUAAGCUCCCGCCUCAGUGUGGACCAUGCGGAACUCGGCAGCCAGGAUGGUAGUUCUGAUACAUCGAUGAUUAGUGGUUCUUCUGAGCCGCAGGAAGUGGGGCGUCGCACUAUUGCUGGCAACAUUAUCCACCAACACCAGUCAACAAUAGAGCAACAGGGCGAUGUAGAGGCUGCGACUGUGGCUGUAACAAACAAUCUUCGAGCUGCUGGUGUUGGAAACAAGUAUGAGCACGGUGGAGUUGCCAUGUAUCGUUCGGAUGAUUCACAGGAGUUUGGCUGACGGGUCAUGGGAGUAUUAUACGCCUGUGUCUUAUAGUUUUCGUUACUCCCAUUGCUCAAAAAAUGUUCACGAUCUGAAAACAGAUGGGGAUCAUUCAUUUCUACAUUCACAAACAUGCAUACAUGCAACACGCAUACAUGGGAUUGGAUAAAUUGGAGAUAACGGUUGUAAGCAGAAGGAAUGAUUGUAUCGUUAAGAUUUCGUCUUCGAGAACAACAAAAUAUUUAAUUUGUUUAUAAAUUCAUUUCAUUAUUUAUGCAGCCAACGUAUGAUUGAAAGCAUUAGAUCCUGCUUCAUCUUUUAAAAGCGGGCGCAGAUCAUACCGAGAUCGUUACAUGAACCAUACUAUUACUACGAUAAUCCAUAAUAAUAUUAUUAAUAAAAUUUGUUUCCCUUAUUGCUAAUCAUCAACACAUCGAACGAUCGAUAGGAGAUCGAAUGACUUUUGGCUAGUGAGUGACGCUUGGAGAAGCAGAAGAUAAUGCUGCGGCUAUUCUGUAUUCAUAAAGGAUUAAAUUUUCAUCUUCAACAAGCUUUUCUCCGAAAAAGCGGACUUUUUCGUGUUUUUGCGUUUACUGCUGUUUAGAAAUUCUGGUCCGCAUAUUUUGUGCGGAUUAUGUAUUAUUGGUUGGACAAUUGGAUAUAGUCGCUUGUCUAUUAUACGCCUGGUUUUACGCUUGCAAUGUGCUGCCAAACCAUUGUUCAAAUUAUAGUCCAGAUCGAUAAAAUAAUGGGAGACAAGGCAAAAAUUCCAAAAAUGAGUGAUUUGCAAAGCGUGUCACAUCACUGUAGCAACCAAUUUAUGUUAUAAAGAGAAUAAGCGUACCGCUUUGGUCACAAUUAAAGAUGAAAAGUAGAGUGUUGAAUAUGGGAAGGCUAAUAGGGAUUGUGUUUAAAGUAGCUCAUACAAAACGAAAAAAGAGAUAGUGAAAUUACCGUCUGCGCAAUUUUACAUUAACGUACAGAGAUAUCUAUCUCUAAACAAUUCUAUCGUGAAUGCGUGUGGUUCCUAUUCUUCUAUUGUGCAUAGUAUUAUAUGAAGGAGAUAUUUUUAAUGGUUAUACACCAUCAGUUAGGAAAAGUAUGAAAUGGCUCUUAGAAGCCGUAUAAUCAGUAAGCCCUAUUAUUUUUCGAGUAUUGUUUCUCGUGGUCGUUGAAAUAUUCUCUUAUUUUAAGAAAACUUCAGAUAGAUGCCGAUCGGUGGUACUAAAGUGACAAUGCUUUGUUGCCAUUACAGUACAUACACCGCGUGAUAUGCAUACAUUGCAUGUUUAAAAUUCACAAUUUUCAUUGUAUUACUUUAUUUGUAAAGUUAUGUGUUUGCUCUGCGUCUAUUACUAUGCCUGUGGAUCAAAAAGAAAGUCAUGAUUUUGCAGAACUCCAGAAAUACCCAUACCGUUGUUCAUUGUAGUAUGACCUGCCAAUUAUGAUCUACCGACGACUUACAUCAGAACUUAGUAUUUUGAGUUAAAAACAAAAGUGACGUAAGUAACGAUCUCAUGAAAUAUUUGUAGCGAUCGUGGAGUCACAACAGAAUGUACUUCUGGUAUACCCACUAUUUGAAGGCGCUCGACAAGUAUUAAACACACGUGUUUUAGUUGCAAAUACAUGGGAUACAUGAUUAAACAGUUGCACUCAAAAUGGAAGAGGGUAUGAAAUGAAAGACCAACCUAACAUGAUUACGGGCGAUCGUGCACCAUGACAGAAUGGUGGUUUAAGGCAGAGUGUCUCGGCACGUUUUCUAGUACGGCUUGGCGCCAAAUUGAAGUAAAUAAUUUUGUUCCCACAUGGCUGUACACUUCAACUCCAUUUAACUUCCUUUCUGUAUCGUCAACGGGUUGGGUACCGAGGAAAAAUGGUAAAUUGGAGGAUUAAGAAGAUUUGCUUAAGCUAUUUUCUAUGAAGAAUCCAUUGUAUCGUAUCGUAUCCCUCAAUCUAAUAUAGUUCGCGACAGUCAAUCAAUAAUUCUUUUUCUUUGUUAGAAACAGUAGUAUAUUAUUUAUAUCUCAUUUUCAUUAUUAGUUUCAGUUUAGUUUAGUUUCAGUUUCAUUAGUUUCAGUGAACAGGUGCACGAAUGCAUGAGUAAUCUUAACUUAUCUUAACUGCAUGGUGUUGUUCGUGAUUUUUUUUAAUUACCAGGUUUUUAAUGUAGUUUCAUGGGUGUUACAGGGGUGUUUACUGUUGUGCUUGCUUGCAACAUUCAAAAACAAACAUGUUGGUCAAUAACCUUCGGGUUUGCCGUGAAGGAAUCAAAUUUGUUGAAGGAAAGGAGACGACAAGGAGUAAAACGUGAUAUUUGUCAUGAUCCAUGAGCAUGCAAGUCCGUAAUAAAAUUCAUCAUGGGUAAAGCAUAUUCUCUGAAAUCUUAAAUUGACAGUAGUUACGUGAUGAUUAUACAAAAAUGAUUCUACGAAAAUGCAAAAUUCUUUAUACGAGAAAGAUAACAAAACAGUACAUCGACAUCUGUAUUUUCACUUUCAAGACUCGGAUAGUCUCUUUUACGGCCGGCUUAAAACAUCCCUGAUCAGGUUGAUGUGCAAUCACUUGAACCCGUCAUCAAAAUUCGGUUGCGUAGCAACGAUAGAAUGUGGAGCGUUGGAAUAAAUAGGACAUUUUAGCUGUUAGAGUGUUUACUUAUCGUGUAGUGUCAAUAGCGAAACGAAAAAUUCUCUUCUUUGAAAUUGAUUACUCUUGAUGAUUGCAAUAAACGUAAGGAAACGGGUGAAAAUAAUCAACAGCAUUAGGUGAUCAGAUGUGCAGACCCGUCAUGCCUAACGUGGUUAAACAUGAUGCUAUAAAAUAAAUCGAUAGCGUUAUUUUCAUAAUAAUAAUGAAAUACGAAAUCAAAAAAAGAAAUCUAGAGAUCAGUACCACAGAACAAAACAAACAUUUUCCGCUUAUUCGAAAUUCACAACAUCACACAUCCUCAAUCCCUUACAACUUCUUUUUCGGCAGUGAAACAAACGUAUGUUACGGUUCCUCCUUUUAUUACUAUUAUUGAACUAUCGUCCAGUUACAGCAGGGAUUAGAUAUCGUUAAAUCUUUCGGUACAAUCAACAUAGCGUGAGAAAGCACAGGUAUAUUGAAAAUUCAACCUCGUCUAGGUAGUACUGAUCCUUCCCUCUACCUGCAGACAUCGACCUAAACUGAUGCAAUCAUAUCGCUCUAACCUAACAGUUUGGUAGGCAGUUAUGAGAGUUAGGAGAGAUUGAAGAUCAAGUUUUUUUAUGAAUAAUUUACUCGACAUUACUGUAACACAGACGAACCAUCUUCGUGACUGUAUAGUAAGUAUUCUGAUUUCUUUCGUUUUAGAUAUGUGAAUGUGCUUUAGUUUUACUUUUUCGUUUAGGUGUCUGCUUUGGUCGCAAUGUUUAAUUUAACUAGAACGUAAUUUUUGAAAAAAACACAUGAGAAGGCUUAGCAUAAGAAUGAUACACUCAAAAGCACACACAUUCUUGGCUCGCACUUGUACCAGUACCCUCUAGGAUACAUGUGGCUUCAAUGAAGUUUUGGAGGCUCACAAUAGAUACAACGAAGUCUAGUGAUCACCGAGUGACAGUCAAACCGAUCGUAAUGAACAGUUUUUGAAUUUUCUAUUUAUUUUCUUGCGUUCAAAUAAAUAAAAUCUUCGUUAACGUUCAUAUUUUAUAGUCAACUGAAGAUGAGAGGGUGUUGUGAGUCAGGCAUACAGGGAUAGUCGUCAGCAGCAAGCCCAAGGAUUCAAUAAGAGAGACCAAACCUUGCCACCGCGGCGAGCAUUUAUUGAUUUCGUAACCGUAUGUGUAAUAUUUGUUGUAUUCCGAAAAAUAUAUAAAUAUA